AUGUUCAUGCAUUUGGAGGUCCUGUGCUACGUGGUGCUGCUGCUGGCCAACAUGAACUCGUACGCGUGCUGGUCAGUGAAUAAUUUCUUGAUGACUGGACCUAAGGCUUAUCUGAUCUACUCCAGCAGUGUGGCAGCCGGGGCUCAGAGCGGCAUCGAGGAGUGCAAGCACCAGUUUGAGUGGGACCGCUGGAACUGUCCUGAGCGUGCCCUGCAGCUGUCCACUCACAGCAGCCUGCGCAGUGCAAACCGCGAGGCCGCGUUCGUCCACGCCAUCAGCUCGGCAGGCGUCAUGUACACACUGACCCGGAACUGCAGUCUGGGGGACUUCGACAACUGCGGCUGUGACGACAGCAGGAACGGACAGCGCGGGGGUCUUGGGUGGCUGUGGGGCGGCUGCAGCGAUAACGUGGGCUUCGGCGAGGCCAUCUCCAAACAGUUUGUGGACGCGCUGGAGACGGGCCAGGACGCGCGUGCUGCCAUGAACCUGCACAACAACGAGGCAGGCCGCAAGGCGGUCAAAGGCACCAUGCAGCGCACCUGUAAAUGUCACGGCGUAUCCGGAAGCUGCACCACACAGACCUGCUGGCUGCAGCUGCCCGAGUUCCGGGAGGUGGGGAACUACCUGAAGGAGAAGUACCACCGUGGGGUGAAAGUUGACCUGCUGAGGGGAGCAGGCAACAGCGCAGCCAGUCGAGGAGCCAUCGCCCAGACCUUCAGCGCCAUCUCCCGCAAAGAGCUGGUCCAUCUGGAGGACUCCCCCGACUACUGCCUGGAGAACCGUACGUUGGGGUUACCAGGCACAGAGGGGCGCGAGUGUCUGAAGAAGGGCAAGCACCUGACCAAAUGGGAGAAGAGGAGCUGCAAGCGGCUUUGUGGGGAGUGCGGUCUAGCCGUGGAGGAGCGCAAGGCGGAGAUGGUCUCCAGCUGUAACUGUAAGUUCCACUGGUGCUGUGCCGUCAAGUGCGAGCAGUGCCGAAAGACAGUCACCAAGUAUUACUGUGUGAAAAGGAGCAGAGGGAGGCCCGAGAGCGCAGGGGCCCGGAGGAAAAGUCUGCGACUGAGGAAAAAGCACUAA